GUAAUUAGAUCUGGCCAAUGUGGGCCCUGGGCUCUGGCCUGGGGGCAUAUAAGGGGGGCCUGGGGCAACAGACUCCUCAUAUCACUCAGAGGUCUUCUCUCCCUCACCCCACUCCUCUACCCUCCUUACUUCCUUUGUGCCCAUCUCUACACCCAUUCAGACCUCUUUUCUUCAGCAAAUAUGGACGUCUUCUCACCAUCCCAGGUCUACUACGACAGAGCGUGUGCUUCAUCUCCAGACAGCCUGGAGUUUGGCGCCGGCUUGGAGCUCGAUGGCUCUGAGGAGGACGAGCAUGUGAGGAUCCCCGGAGCCCCCCACCAGCCAGGACACUGCCUCCAGUGGGCCUGCAAGGCCUGCAAGCGCAAGUCCAACUUUGUGGACCGCAGACGGGCCGCCACUAUGCGCGAGCGCCGGCGGCUGAAGAAGGUCAACCACGCUUUCGAGGCUUUGAGGCGCUGCACCUCUGCCAACCCUAGCCAACGUCUGCCCAAGGUGGAGAUCCUGCGCAAUGCCAUCCAGUACAUUGAGAGCCUGCAAGAUCUGCUGCGUGAGCAGGUGGAAAACUACUACGGCCUACCUGGAGAGAGCAGCUCUGAGCCCGGGAGCCCGCUGUCCAGCUGCUCGGAUGGCAUGGCUGACAGCAACAGUCCAGUGUGGCACCAUCUGAAUGCAAACUACAGCAACAGUUAUUUAUAUGCGAGGAACGACAGUUUAGGCAACAAGGCAGCCGGAGCCUCCAGUCUGGAGUGUCUCUCCAGCAUCGUGGACCGUCUGUCCUCGGUGGAGUCCAGCUGCGGGCCACCAGCUCUGAGAGACAUGGCCACCUUCUCCCCCGGCAGCUCCGACUCGCAGCCCUGCACGCCAGAGAGCCCCGGAUCCAGGCCCGUCUACCACGUCCUGUGAAGGAAACUUUGCUGUGACGUGGAUAUAUUGCCAUGGGCAGGCUCCCUGCUUUCACCAUACACCAGCUGCAUUUGCACCAAGAGAUAAGAACUAGUGUUGUGCGAAUCUGAAGGAGACUCAGCUGUAUCUGAAGACCUGCGGCAAGCAGCUUUUAUAUUGUACAUGAGAUUGUAAAUAUGUAAUGUAAAUGCCCAUUUUUUCUAUACAUGCUAUUAUACCCAAUAUGACAUAUUUAAGUAUGACAGUUAAUGUAAUGAUGCAUUAUUCCAACAUGAAGUGGUAUUUAAGCAGUUUUAAUUAUUUACUUUAUA